AUGUUCUUCACCGUCGAUGGAUUGACAACCACUACUCUUGCUCCUCCAUCAACGCUGCCAGCACUUGUAGAGACUGCAACAGAGCAGAACACAGUUGAGAUACCAGAACCGAAGCAAGAAACUAUCGGCUGUGAGCUUGAGAAAGAACUUCAUCCGCUCGGAACAGAAGCAGUUUUGAAAUGCCCUGACGGCUUUUACUUUGAAGAGGGCUACCAAAACUUGACUGUUGUUUGUGCUAACGAAACUACUGUAGAUUGGAUCCCGGAAAUAACUGAAUGCGUCGCUACUGAUGAUCAGCUAGGCGAUAAACUUUAUGAAAAAAGAAAGGCAGCUGCUUUAGAAGUUGAAGUUAGGGCAAGAAAUGCGAUUGUAAAUAACAACUCUUCCGACGCAUCUUUGCUGCUAAACGACCUUGGAAACGCAUACCACGGCAGCAACUCUCUCAACCUUCGCAAAGGCGUUCUUCUCGCCUUGGCCGCCGCCGCCAUCGGAUUCUCCCAAAACUCCGGUCCUUAUCUUACCGAGCUUCUUGAGCCAAUCCUCUGCGCCGCCACAGAAUCCGACUCUCGUCUUCGAUACUUCGCUUGUGAAGCACUUUACAAUGUUGCGAAAGCUGUUCGAGGAGUUUUGAUUGACACUCAUUUUGUGAACCUGUUUGUUAUUGUUGGGAAACUCAACUCGGACGUGGAUCAAAAUGUACGAAGUGGAACCGAGCUUCUAGAUCGUCUUCUACGAGAUAUCGUCCUCGAAGCCGAGCGAGCUCCUGACAUGGGCGCCCUUCUCCGCGAACGAGUUUAUGCAAUCGACUCCAAUGCCCGUUCUUUCGUCGCCGGAUGGAUUUCUGUCUUGUCUGGCAAUCCUCACGCUGGUUUGAGCGCUGUCCUUCCCGGUCUGGUCGACGGGCUUUUCAACGCGCUGACGGAUAGUAACAAAGAAACGCAUUCUCUCGUGUGGACGGCGCUAGAAUCCGCUCUGCAAGAAGCACCCCGCUGCGAUGUGGAAAAAAUGAUUCCGAUCGUUAGCCAACAGUUGUUGAAAACCAGCGAUGUCGUUUGGACGCAACGAUAUUUGGCGCUGAUUUGGCUACGAGCGCUUCUACCGCUCAAGAAAGAAGCUACAGUCAAGGCUACUCCAGUUGUUCUCGAAGCGUUAUUCAAACUGCCAGAAGAUGAGCUCACAAAUACAAAUUCAGGUGAUUCAACCGAACAGCUGCGGCAGAGCAAAAAGAAACGAGAAGUCAAAGACCUUUCUUCUCAAGUCAACACUCUUCUUCAAUUCGAUUCAACGAAAGACGAGAUUCCCCAAGAAACAGCGAUUCGUCUUUUGAAAAUCACCUGUCCCUUUCUCGGCCCCGACAAGCCCGUUUCAAAACGACUUGCGGCGUUUGAAUGGGUGAUUUCAGUCUUUCGGUUGAAACAAGACCAGAUCGAAGACGAAGUUCCCUGGUUGAUGCUCCAAGUUUUCUCGGCGAUCAACUUGGACGAAAAUGAACGAGUGCGCGAAUCUGGCAUGGCGUGCUUGACUGAAAUCGCAAAUUUGAACGAUAAAACUUUUGAUACGUUCAUUGAAGUGCUUUAUUCUUCGUUGAACGAGAUUUCUGCAAGAUCUGAUCGACAGAAAGUGGCAUUCGUGGUCAGAAAGCUUUGUGAGAAACUUGAUGGGGAGAAGAUUUAUUUGAAACUCGGAAGUCGACUUGUGCAUCAUCAAGAAACAGAUGCAAAAGUCGCGACGAUUCAACUCCUCAACCUGCUGCUCGGGACAGCUCCAGAACUCUACAAUUUCCGAAGAAAACUUAGAGAGCGUCCUCAAGAAGUAAUGGAGAAUUUCAACACAGUCUGGAAGGCCUGGGUCAGCUGUCCCGUUUCGUCACUGUGUCUAGCUCUUCUGGGGAAGAGAUAUCAACUUGCGUACUCGACAGUGAAGACGCUCGCGGAGAUGAAUUUGAACAGUGCCCAUUUGGGAGAGAUCGAUCGACUAAUUCAACUUCUUGAAUCUCCUGGUUUCACGUGGCUGCGAUUCGAACUGCUCGAAAAGCCUCAUGCCUUGAUCGCUUCUCUCCGCGGCCUUCUCAUGAUCUUGCCUCAGUCAAAAGCGUUCGACCUCCUUCAAAAACGCCUCUCGCUUAUUCCCUCCGAAGCACCAUUCAACUCUAACUCUGCCGAUUCUGCCCGAAUUUCGCCAGAAGAUCACGAGCUCUCCAAAAUAUUGAAGUCUAAGCUAGAAGUCUAA